CUCACAUCGGGAAGUAGGUAUAUCUACGAGUAGAAAAGUGAAGCUAAAAAUGCUAAACACACAAGUGAAUCUUUGGUUCGGUUCUGCCUGCUUCUUCUGGGGUUGUCUCCAUUGUUCGUCAUUUUAUUUCUUUAGUCUGUGUUAUGUGUUAGCGACUGUCGGCAGCGUGUAUAGAGAGAGUUUUUUUAUGAUCCAUGUGCGUCGCUCGGUCUCUUGGUUGCUGCUCAAGAGUGUACUUAUAUUUCGAGAGUAUAUAAAUGCGAAAAAAUUGAUUUAAGGUAAAAAAACAAAAUGUUGACCUACACCAAUGUAGCUACUUAAGACAAUUACAAUUAUUAUUAAAUAUAAAACAUACACAAAUAAAAACCAAUUAAAUACAUAAAUUGAGAAUCGGACUUAAAUAAUUAUGGUUGAAGAUUUGAAGAAAGAUAUCUUCUAUGCUGAAUUAAGCAAGACAUUUGAUCGAUGCAACGUCCAACAAACUCAAACUCCUUCUCAAACACAACAACAAAAUAAUCAUCAAACUAAAAAGGAUAUAAUGGGCUAUAAUAUCGAUUGGGUAUUCCCACGCUUAAUGCAUCCGUCGAAAUUUUGGUACUUUGCUAGUACGAUUGCCAUAGCUGCCGUUGGAUUAUUUAGUAAAAUACUUUUAGUUUUCUGUAAUAAGACAACAGUUUACAACCAAGAAAGACUGAUUGAUGCGGUUGCGAAUCGACCGCCAGGUAUACCAUUACUAACAGUAUCAAAUCAUCAUUCAUGUUUUGAUGAUCCCGGACUAUGGGGAGUUCUUCCACUAAAACAUUGUUGUUCGACAGCCACAGCACGCUGGUCACUAGCCGCUCACGAUAUUUGUUUUACGAAUAAAUAUCAUUCGUUAUUUUUUAUGAGUGGAAAAUGCAUUCCAGUUGUACGUGGAGCUGGUGUCUAUCAAAAUGCCGUAGACGUUUGCAUACAAAAACUAUCAAUAGGCGAUUGGGUACAUGUCUUCCCUGAAGGCAAAGUGAACAUGACGAGAGAGUUUAUGCGACUGAAAUGGGGUGUUGGUCGAAUGAUUUACGAUGCACCAAUAAUACCAAUUGUCUUGCCAGUCUGGCACGAAGGUAUGCACGAAGUUCUACCAAACACCGAACCCUACAUCCCAAAAUGGGGCAAAAAAGUGACCAUGAAUAUUGGAAGGCCGAUUGCCUUGGAUGAUUUUAUUCAGGAUAUGAAAGAUCGAAAUGUCCCUGAACCAGAUGCUAGAAAAUUAAUUACUGAUAGGAUACAAGAUGAAUUACAGGCACUACGUGUAGAGACGGAGCAACUUCAUAGAAUAUAGUCCAACUCUAGAGGUCUAAAUUAAAUUAUAAACCUAGCCUUAGGAUUGUUAAAAAAAAUAGUGAACGACAACUAAAAAAGAUUUUGGCUCACCACGAAUUAAGUGUUAGCAACACUUUUAAAGUCACACAGGCGUAUUAUACCGACAACACACACAUAAUCAGAUUUUUUUUUAAUCAAUGCGUUUUAUUUACACAAGAACCACCUGAUAAAUUGUUUUCAAUUUAUGUUCAACUAAAAAAACGAAAAAAAAAUAUUUCUUCCGUUUCAAUAUCAAGACGUUUUUUCUAUAAAAAAAAGUAACAGUUAAGCUCUCAAAGAAUAUUUUUACCAUUUCUCAAGGUAUAACCGAUAUAUUUCUUUUUCUAAAUAAAACUUAAAUAUUCAACUUAAAUGUAAGAUCAUACAUAUACUUCCACAAUACACCUCUUUGGCUUUUGAUAUUAAUUCUUUGCAUUUUUUAAAAAUAAAGAACAAUUAUUUUGCUUAUCAUCCGUGACAUAAUUAAGAAAGAAGAUACAACAAAAAAUACAAAAAUACAA